AUGCCUGCGAAGCGCAAUGCAAACUCAUCCUCCACCUCGGCGACCGUGAACGUCAAUGUCAACGUCAAUGUGUCAAAAUCAGGCGCGAUUGACGUAGAGGCUGCUCAGCCUGUUACAAAGAAAGCCAAACCGACUCCCAAGAGUACCGCACCGGAGAAGAAAAAGGAGAACAUCCCAGUCUCCCGAUCCCCUGCACCCACUAACUUCGCCUCAAAAAGACCAAAACAGGUUGCGAGAAAGUCUGUGCCCUUGAGAAGUGCACCCAAAGAUGCAAAAGCCUCGAAUGGUAAAUUGAAGCUUGUCGGCGUCGUUCCGAACAAAAAGAGGGCAAAUAUCAUGACAGCAACGACAGUCAGAGCCGAAAGGAGAACUGCACCGGCCAAUACAUCAUAUAACGCUAGGUCCAUGGUGAUUUGUGAUACGACGACUCAGGACUUCGAUCCUUACCAUGGAGAAGGUGACGAUGCGCCGCCUCCGUACUCUGCCUACGAUCCGGCUCUUUCUCCGCGAGGAUGGUAA